CUUGACACUGGUUACAGUCACCAGCUGAGGCAAACAGACUGCAACUACACCACAUGUUCAUCUGAGAGUCAUGGUGGUGAAGAAGAAGACAGCCAGAGUGGAGGCUGUGGUGCUGGAGGAGGAGAGCCUGCACAAGCUGAUAGCAUCCCUUUCUGUGGACGGUGGAGAAGAUGGCAUCAGGCAGGUUGCCCAGACCCUGCAGUCCUGUUUGGAGCUGACAGAGCCAGUGCAGCAGAUCCAGCUGAUAAAAAAGGCAGGGUUCCAGUUGGAGGCCCUGAGCGAUGAGCAGCCAGACGAUGCUCUUCUGGAGGCCUGUCUACACACCCUGGCGCUGGUCUUCACUUCCCUGCUGGCCAAGAACCCCCUACGACGAGCCAUCGCCAGUGCUUUGGGUUCAGUACCAGCGUGGUUACAGGAGCGGACUGUAGACUGUUUGUGCUCCUGCUUGUCUGACUGUCUGUCCAACUCAGGCUCAGACAAAUAUCCAAACAAUGUGGACACUAUCACUGCCUGUUUGGAUGGCUUUCCUCUUGGUGAGAGAUGCAUUAACAAACUGCUGUCUGAAGUUUUGCAGUUUCUUCACAAGGGACUGAGUCAAUACCUUCAUCAGAACAGGGGUCUAGCAGGCCGCCACAUUGCCCAGGCUCAGCUGAUGUACUCCUGUCUGGCUGCAGUGAAGUCCUCCAUGCUGGUAGUCCAGAGAUCACAGGAGACAAUCAGUGAAGCCCUGCAGGCUGAACAGGGUCACUGCAAUUUGGAGGACACACUGAGCAGCCUCCUGAGCUGCUACAUACACAUCCUCACUGACGAGGAGUUCAUCCAGUCAGUCCAGAGCACAGCCGGCAUGGCUGUAGUGUUGAUGAUCAGGUCCAUCAUGGGCUCUGGGGAUGAAGUUGCUUCUGUGGUGUGCAGUUUGCUGCAUGGCUCUGCCCAGGGCUUAGACCCGGCCCCUCAGUGGCUCAAAGAGAGGUGUGUCAGUCUGUGCACUAGUGGUCGCCCGCCAGGUGUCUCUCUCUAUCUGUGUCAUGGGGUUCUGGCUAUGUUGAGCUGGAAGGGUGCUCUGCCAGGACCACAGUGGGAACAACUGCUGCUGUUGGUCCCAAACACGCUGCUGGAUCUGGAUGUCAGUGUGAAGGAGUCCAGUACAGCAAUGGUGGUGGCUCGGGUGCUGACCCUGUGGAGUGGCACCGCUCUGGACUGCCUGCAGGGAGUGACGCAGCCCUGCCCUCCUCACCUCCAGCAGUCCCUCAGCGGAAGCUCCGAGCUGCAGCAACACCUCCUGGAGCACAUCUACUCCCACUGGGAGCACCCACUAGAUGGAGUGCGCCACCAAACCCGAUCGCUGUUCCGCAACCUCCUCCUUCUCCAUCAACUUACCAACCCCUCCACUUUCGACCCUACCAAGGACUCUUACAUCACAGAGCUCACCCAAAGCCUGCUGGGACUGGAGUGGCACAUGAGGGGGAAGUACGGCUCCUUGGGCUGCCUGGUGGAGCUCUAUGGAGCUGGGCACUUGCUCAACAUCCAGCCCCAACUGCCGACAUGUCUCCUGGGUUUGAUGGGUGAUCAGACCAUGGCUCCUUACGCCAGCGACCUGCUGGAGAGGCUGUUUGUUAGUCACAAAGCUCAGCUGGCAACUGAGGCUGUUGCAGCAGGAACGACAGAGGACUGGAUGGAGCCUUGGCACGGCACAUGGGUGACCCCGCUGCUUCAGGUGCUUUGCCGUGCCCGACUGGACCAAACCACUUACAUCCUGGACUACUUCCUGCCCAAGCUGCUUCGCUGCAGCCCCUCCAGCCUGGCUCACAUGGUGAAGGCCCUGCAGGACACACCGCCCUGCAGCACCGGUGCCUCAGGCAGCAGGGGUCCACUCGGUGCUCUGAUGACGUGCCUGCGGGCAGCGAGGGCCCAGGGUGUUGUUCCAUCCUCAGAAGAGGGUCUGUGGGGAGGACUGGUGCCCAUCUCCCUCCUCCAGCAAGCCCUCGUACACAAACAUGAUCAAGUGAGGAUGGACGCUUUAGGUUUGGUGUGUGAGACCCUCCGCAGCACUGAAGCUCUGACCUUGCAGGAAAUGGACCUGACUCGCUACUUCCUCCUGCCCAAUCUCAACAGUCAGUCCCCAGGCGUUAGACAGCACAUAAUCAGUCUGCUGAAGAAGUUACUGUGUCGAGCGAAGGACAGCACUCAGCUGCUGCAGAAGAGACUGAGUCAGGAGAGAGACCCGGAGAAGAGAGACAGACAACAACACACAAUACAGCUGAACAAGGAGUUCCUGCACUGGCUGUGUGUGCAGCUGCUGGAGGUUCUGGUUCCCGGAGCGUCCUUUUCUAAAUGCCUCAUGUCCCUCCACCUGCUCUGUCUCCUGGGACAGUUCUUCACCUUCAGCACGGGGCCUGAUGUGUUCGCCCUGGGCGAGGUUGUGACCUCUGCACAUGCUCAGAAUGUCCUCUACUGCGUUGCCAGCAACUUCUUGGAAGUCAAACAGCUGGCCACGACACUGCUGUCGCAAUUCCCUCCAUCAGUUGUGGGGCUACAGGCGCCAGAGAGAAUGCGUUGUGUCCUUCAGGCCGCUCUGGAGCUCAGUACAAGCACCAAGCCUUUUGACAGCGUUUCAGCAGCCCACCUCCUCACCCUGCUGCUGCACCAGCCGCACCUGAGCCAGGCUCUGCUGCACUGUGCCCAGCAGCAGGGCCUCGAUUUCCAGCCUCCCUCCCUCCGGCCCCAGGAUUCAGUGGACCUCCUUCUGGAGAUCAACACUCGGGCUGUGGUUCAGUUCUUGUUGUGUUGCCUGCAGUCAGAGGUGGUGAAGGCCGAGUCGUCUCUCUUACAAGCAGCUGCUUCUUAUCCUCUCUAUGGAAGAGCUCACUGCAUCACGGCUGUACUACAGCAUCUAAACACCGAGGGUUUGAGACAGCCGGAGCAGUGGAGAUGUCUGAUGUCAGAGCUGAUUGCCGUGUGCUACAGGAUGUCUGAUGUGGUUUCCCCCGUGGUCCAGAGCUCCUCCCCAGAGGGACUCAUCCCCAUGGAUACUGACUCCGAGACUUCAGCAGGUCUGCAGAAGAUCCUGCAGGAGAUCCAGCCCAGGGACACCAAUGACUUCUUCGACAGUGCCAGAGAGUUGGACGCACACCAGGGAGACGAUCACACACACAGUCAAACUUCACGCACACCAUCACUGAACACUGGUGGUGAAGGCUACAGGGUGACAGCCCAGAUGGUGCUGGUAUGUUGCUGGCGGAGCAUGAAGGAAGUGGCCAUGCUGCUCGGCCAGCUGUGUCAGAGCCUGCCUCUGCUCUACACCAAUGAGGAGCAGCAAAGACAUCCAGGGCUCAUCACAGAGGAACAGGUGGAGGGGGUCGGCCUGUACUUCCGUCAGCAGCUCCUGCAGUCCCGUCACCGUGGCGCCUUUGAACUGGCCUACGUGGGCUUUGUGCGCCUCACCGACAUGCUUUGCAGGAGUGGAAGUCGGGGCCUGCAGCAGCUUCCGGCCCACUGGCUGUCUGAGGUUCUGCAGCAGGUCAAAUCCAGCGACUCAACAUCCAAGCUGUGUGCCACUCGACGCAGCGCAGGAAUACCCUUCUACAUCCAGGCUCUGCUCUCCUCUGAGCCCAAGUUAUCCAGUUGCAGUCUGCUGAAGAUGACCAUGAGAGAACUGAUCAGCCUGGCCAUGCCGUCCGCGGACAGGAACAACGAAAGCUCCUCUGUUCCUCAGGUCCAUGCUCUGAACAUCCUCAGAGCUCUGUACAGGGACACUCGUCUGGGGGAGAACAUCCUCCCCUUCGUCUCAGAUGGGAUGCAGGCCGCUGUGCUGGGCUUCACCUCUCCUGUCUGGGCAGUGAGGAACUCCUCCACUCUCCUCUUCAGCACUCUGAUCACAAGGAUCUUUGGAGUGAAGAAAGGGAAGGACGAGCACUCGAAAAAGAACAGGAUGACAGGCCGGGAGUUCUUCACUCGUUUUCCAGCCCUCUAUCCGUUCCUCCUGAACCAGCUGGAGGAGGCUGCAUCGACAGUGGAAAGUGACAGUGGUCAGGUGAAGCUACACCCCAGUCUGUUCCUGCUGCUGCUGGUGCUCAGUCGCCUCUACCCCUCUCCCAUGGAUGGAUCUUCAUCACCUCUGGGACUUGCCCCUUUCAUGCCCUUCAUCAUUAGAUGCGGUCACUCUGCAGUGUAUCGGACCAGAGAAAUGGCAGCACGGGCCCUCGUCCCCUUCGUGCUGGUCACCCAGGUCCCGUCUACAGUUCACGCUUUACUGCAGAAGCUUCCUCCAGAGCCAGGACCCAGAAUCCAACACAACCACAUCCACGGGACUCUGCUGCAGGUGCUGUUUCUCCUGCGCUCCUACCAGACUGACUCACACAGACCCCUGCCAGCAGGAAAUGGCAUCGGCGAAUCUCUCAGUCAGCGCAUGUGGCUUGCCUCUCGACAGAAUAGCUGUGUGGUGACCAGAGGAGCCUUUCUGGACGUGUUAGUGGGCCUGUGUGGGCCGAAGGUCAGUCUCCUGGAAGGUCCUUCAGGUGCUGUGUGUGUUUAGCUCCAGUGGUGAACUCCUGUGGCGGGAUGGUGCUCAGACUUUGUCCCAGGAAGAGGUUCUUCUGCACCUCCUCACUCUGGCUCAAAACUCUGUUCACAGUGUGGAGCUCCAAUGCGCUGCCCUGACCCUGAUGUCUCAACUGGUGAACUCUGACCCAAAGGUUGCAAGUGCAAUGUUUUGUUUUGCUCAGUGGGGGGCGCUGGUGUGCUCAUGCUGCAGCGAAGAGCAGCCGGCGGAGGUGAAGCUGAUGGCCGCCAAGGUGUUGGUCAACUCUACAGAAGCUCUGUUGACCAAUCCUCAUCUGCCACUGGGUCUGUUCACUACAGUUUCUCUGUGGAGGAGUCUGUUCACAUUGCUGCAGGAUGAAGACCACGAAGUCCGAGAUUCAGCCUCUGAUUUCAUAGCUAAUGUACCAGCCCCUCUGCUCAGUAAAGAUAUGGCCGGUGUGUCAGUGUGUCCUCCUGUAGCUCUGGACCGGGGCGUGGGGCUCCUGUGUCGGCUGUUUGAGCUGUGGGAGCAGGUUCCCGCUGGUGUCCUCGCACUGACCGAGUGGCUGCUGGGAGACAAAGACGACAAUGACGAGGCAGUUGCAGACGAUGCUUCCUCUUUGGAUGAGGAGGACUUCCUGUUUGAGAAGGGGGAUCUGAACCUGUGGGCCGAGCCUGUCCAGUGGGUGAAGCUGCUUCACAGACACCUCACCUCCCUCAUCCCGACCUUAAAGCAGAGCCAGCACCCAGGAGCAGUAAUCCUGGAUCAAGCCCGGCUCCACACUCUAUCCGCCCAGGCCCAGACCAAGGCCCUCAGCUCCCAGCAGGCCCUGGACUCCCUCCCUGCCCUGCCCCAGUUCUCCUGCACUGCGGAGCAUGCCCGGCUGAGCCUGUGGCACCAGAGGGCCACACUGGCUCUGGAUGUGCUGGAGAGGCUGAAGUAGAGAAAUGAGCAUGGUGCAUCUCUAAUAUCACCAAUUUUUCAAGGGAAUUGUCUGUAUGUCAGAAUUCCUUAUAUUUCCAAAAAAGGACAGUUUUCAGAUAAAUUAACACAAAACCACAGACCGGCUUUGUGGUCUUUUUUUUACUCUGUACUUGUCUCUUACUUUUUCCUACGAAUUUUGCCUUCAAUGUUUAUCAGAUUUCAUUGUUAUGGUGACUAUUGCUUGAUGUCUCUUAAAUAAAUAUGUCACAAAAUA